AUGUCCAACACCGACUUCUUAGGCCGCGCAAUCGACACGGUGCGUCGCGCUAUCGACGCCGACAAUGGCAAUCAAUACGAGAAGGCAUACCAGCUAUACUACCAGUCCCUCGAGCUGUUCAUGCUUGCACUGAAAUGGGAGAAGAACCCAAAGUCCAAGGAGAUGAUCCGCUCCAAGACUGCCGAAUACAUGGACCGCGCCGAGAAACUCAAAUCGCAUCUUGCCGACGCCGAAGCGAAACGGAAAAAGCCUGGCAUGGUCGGGGCUAAUGGCUCCAGCACAGGCGGCACGGCCAAGGGCAAGGCAGACGACGACGGCGGCGAGCUCGACGAGGACAGCAAGAAGCUGAGAAACGCCCUCGCCGGUUCCAUUCUCCAAGAUCGUCCAGACGUCAAGUGGGAUGACGUCGCCGGGUUGGAAGGUGCGAAGGACGCUCUAAAGGAAGCCGUCAUCCUGCCCAUCAAAUUUCCGCAUUUGUUUGUCGGCAAGAGAAAACCUUGGAAGGGUAUUCUGCUCUACGGUCCGCCUGGUACCGGUAAGAGUUAUCUAGCGAAAGCCGUUGCAACCGAGGCCAAGAGCACCUUCUUCAGUAUUUCCAGUUCCGACUUGGUGAGCAAGUGGAUGGGCGAGAGUGAAAGGCUCGUCAAGCAGUUGUUCGCCAUGGCCCGCGAGAACAAGCCCUCGAUCGUCUUCAUCGACGAGAUCGACGCCCUCUGUGGUCCCAGAGGCGAAGGAGAAUCAGAAGCCUCACGGAGAAUCAAGACGGAAAUGCUCGUGCAAAUGGAUGGUGUCGGCAACGAUUCCACUGGAGUCUUGGUCCUCGGCGCCACCAACAUUCCCUGGCAGCUCGACGCGGCCAUCCGAAGACGUUUCCAAAGACGUGUUCACAUCAGUUUGCCCGACACCCAGGCGAGGACCACCAUGUUCAAGAUCGCUGUUGGAGAUACCCCGACAACCCUGAAGACUGAGGACUACAAAGAAUUGGCGAAGCUUGCCGAGGGGUACUCGGGUAGUGAUAUAGCAAUCUGCGUUCAAGACGCUUUGAUGCAGCCAGUACGGAAGAUUCAGCAGGCCACACACUUCAAAGAGAUUGAGAAAGAUGGCGAGGUUAAACUGAUGCCAUGUUCCCCUGGCGACAAGGGUGCCAAAGAGAUGACUUGGGCCGACGUGGAUGGCGAAAAGCUCUUGGAGCCCCUUGUGGACUUUAAAGACUUCGUAAAAGCUAUCAAAACCUCGAGACCAACUGUGUCAGGAGUUGACCUGGAAAGAAAUGCCGAGUGGACAAAGGAGUUUGGAAGCGAAGGAAACUAA